AUGAUGUGGUUUGAUGAUUUUGCAGUAGAGAAAGCUGAGUUCAGCUAUUUGGAAGGUAGCAGGAAUGGACAGGAAAAUUGGGGCAGGCUCCGCUCUAAAUGGGUGGCAUGCUCCAAGGGCACCAUGCAAUCACCCAUUGAUAUCAUUCAUGCAAAUGCCAUAUACGACCAUAGCUUAAAGAGCCUAAAGGCUCGAUAUGAGGCUGCAAAGGCCAAACUGGCAAACUCUGGCCAUGGCAUUGGGUUGGCGAGACAACAGUUGGAAUGGGAGAAAGGGAGUGCUGGUGGGAUAAACAUCAACGGAACCCAAUUCGUACUUGAGGAGUUUCACUGGCAUUCUCCAUCUGAACAUGCUUUAGAUGGUUACAGGUCUGCCCUACCGCAGUUCUUCAAGUUUUGA